AUGGCCAGCGCGACAGUGACCAAGCCCACCCUCACCUACUUCAACUCGGCCGGUCGUGCCGAGGUUCCGCGCAUUCUUCUGGAAGACGCCGGCGUGGACUACGACUUCGUGGCCAUCACCAACUGGGCCGAGGUCAAGCCUGAGUACCAAGCCGCAGGGAAGGCGCCGUUUGGCCAGCUGCCCAUCUACGAGGAGCCCGGGCUGGUGCUGGCGCAGAGCUCGGCCAUCGCCCGACAUGUGGCGCGGGAGCACGGCUACUACGGUGAGACCGCACACGACGCUGCCCUCAUCGACCAGGCAUCGGAGGGCGUGGCCGACAUCGUGAGCCGCCUGAUCCAGGCGUUGUUCCUUCCGCUGCCAGACGACAAGCGAGCCGAGGCCAAGGCCAGCCUGCUCAACGAGUUCCUUCCCGCGCAGUUCGAGAUCUACUCCAAGCUGCUUGAGAAGAACGGUAACAACGGCCACCUCGUCGGCUCCAAGCUGAGCGUGGCCGACGUGAGUUUGUGGGUGACCCUGGGCAUGGUGUUCUCGCGAGUGGAGGGCAGCAAGGACGCGGCAGCCAAGUACCCCAACCUCCAGGCCUUCCUCGAUGGCGUGGCGUCUCGCCAGCGAAUCAAGGCCUACCUGGCCCGCGAUGUCUACGCAGCCAAGAAGGAGUAA